UGUAUUUAGUCGUUGCCGUUCGUCUUCGUUGCUCCGGAGGAGGUGUAGUGCUUGCACGAGUCGCUUCUUCGGCUCUUUCGUGGCAGUUCGACUUCGCUCCUCCGACGACGCUUCCUUCCUGUCGGAUCGGAAGUUGGAUCUAUCUUCCUAGCCACCGCUCCAUCUCCCAUCCCCCGCGGGCUGCCUCCGGUGAUUCUCCAACCAUGGCUUCGUCUGCUAAAGACGCUGACCCCAACCUUGGCUUUCUGACGAAGCGUGACACCGAGGUGAAGCUGCCCCGCCCCACCCGCGUGAAGAACAAAACCCCCGCUCCAAUUCAGAUCACUGCCGAGCAAAUCCUCCGAGAGGCCCGCGAGCGCCAGGAACCAGAGAUCCGCCCGCCCAAGCAAAAGAUUACUGAUCCCACCGAACUCGGUGAUUACCGCCUCCGUCGCCGGAAGGAAUUUGAGGACAAAAUCCGUCGUGCACGAUGGAAUACCCGCGUCUGGGUCAAAUACGCCGAAUGGGAGGAGAACCAGAAGGAUUUCGCCCGCGCUCGCUCCGUUUGGGAGCGAUCUCUUGAGGUCGACUACCGGGAGCGCACUAUCUGGCUCAAGUAUGCGGAGUUCGAGAUGCGGAAUCGCUUCGUCAACCACGCGCGCAAUGUCUGGGAUCGCGCCGUUUCCCUGCUUCCUCGAGUGGACCAGCUCUGGUACAAGUACAUCCACAUGGAGGAGAUGCUCGGUAAUGUUGCCGGCGCCCGCCAAGUGUUUGAGAGGUGGAUGGACUGGCAGCCAGACCGGGAGGGAUGGCUUUCUUACAUCAAAUUUGAGCUCAGGUAUGGAGAGAUAGAUCGUGCUCGCCAGGUUUUUGAGAGAUUUGUUAUGUGCCAUCCUCGUGCUACUGCAUGGAUUCGGUAUGCUAAGUUCGAGAUGAAGAACGGUGAAAUUGCCCGAGCACGUGCUGUCUAUGAGCGUGCAGUUGAUCUGCUUUCAGGCGAGGAGGAUGAGGCAGAGGAGCUUUUUGUGGCCUUCGCAGAGUUUGAGGAGAAGUGCAAGGAGAUUGACAGGGCAAGGUGCAUUUAUAAGUUUGCACUGGAUCAUAUUCCCAAGGGAAGGGCCGAGGAGCUGUAUAAAAAGUAUGUGGCGUUUGAGAAGCAGUAUGGAGACCGGGAGGGGAUAGAGGAUGCCAUUGUGGGUAAAAGAAGAUUCCAGUAUGAGGAUGAGGUUAGGAAGAAUCCAUUGAACUACGAUUCAUGGUUUGAUUAUAUUAGGUUGGAAGAGAAUGUUGGCAAUAAGGACAUGAUCAGGGAAGUUUAUGAAAGGGCAAUUUCUAAUGUGCCUCCUGCUGAGGAGAAGAGAUAUUGGCAGCGUUAUAUCUAUUUAUGGAUUAAUUAUGCUUUGUUUGAGGAACUUGGUGCUGAGGACAUGGACAGGACUAGGGACGUUUACAGGGAAUGCAUUAAAUUGAUUCCCCACAAGAAGUUUUCAUUUGCUAAAAUUUGGCUUCUAGCGGGCCAAUUUGAGAUACGACAGAAAAGUCUCAAGGCUGCACGACAGAUGUUGGGCAAUGCUAUUGGAAUGGCUCCUAAGGAUAAGAUAUUUAAGAAAUACAUAGAGAUAGAGUUGCAACUUGGUAAUAUAGAUCGUUGCAGAACACUCUAUGAGAAAUAUCUUGAGUGGGCUCCUGCAAAUUGUUAUGCUUGGAGCAAAUAUGCUGAGCUAGAGAGGUCCUUAAGUGAAACAGAGCGUGCUCGUGGUAUAUUUGAACUAGCUAUUGCCCAACCGACACUUGACAUGCCUGAGUUGUUAUGGAAGGCAUACAUAGACUUUGAAAUAUCAGAGAGUGAGUUUGAGAGGACGAGACAACUCUAUGAAAGGCUUCUUGAUAGAACAAAGCACUUGAAGGUAUGGAUAAGUUAUGCCAAAUUUGAGGCCUCUGCUGGCUUAGAUGGUUCGGAUAGAGAUGGCAAGGAAGAACUUGAGAAUGGUGAUAUAUCAUAUCAGGAACAGCAAAUAGAGCGGAUUCAAAGAUGCCGAAGUGUUUUUGAAAGGGCAUUUGAUUACUUCCGCACAUCUGCACCUGAAUUGAAGGAGGAAAGAGCGAUGCUUUUGGAGGAAUGGUUGAAUACGGAAACUGGUUUUGCAGAUCUUGGUGACGUAUCUUUGGUUCAAAAGAAAUUGCCCAGGAAAGUAAAGAGAAAGCGAGCCAUUUCAUUGGAAGAUGGAGCUCCUGCUGGAUAUGAAGAAUACAUUGAUUACAUUUUCCCUGAUGAGGUGGCGAUGGCACCUAAUCUUAAGAUACUCGAAGCUGCCUACAAAUGGAAGAAGCAGAAAACCGGAUCAGAUGAGGACUGACGUAAUGCAGGUUUUUGGUUUUGGUCAGUGUGGAACUUGUGCCGAGCAUAUCAGUUGCCUUUGGCCAACCUUUUCUUUUGUAUUUAUAGUGUACAUAUAAAGCUUGUUGGUCCCGAUUCUGAUCAAAGUGAUCAAGCAAAUGUCACGAAUUGCUCAAUGGAGAUUUCUAUCAUGCACAGUGUUAUCCAUUGAUGAUUGGAAAAACGGAUUCUUCAAAUGUAAGAUGUGUACACUAAGGCGUUAAUCAGUAAUGAAGAAUCACUAUUUUUGUGAUGGAACGCUAUAGGGAAGAGCAUAUGAAUCCAUACUUCAUUAGAAAAUGAAAACCUUGGACAUGGAAA